UCAUCAACCACCGACGGAAGUGCUUAAAGCUGGCUUCUGGGGAAGCGGUCUGGCUCGGCAAAAUGGCGGCGCCCAGGUGCCCCUGAGCAGAGGGGAGGUGAUUGCCGCCUGAAGCCGUGGUGGUUGCAGGCUCCCCAUGGCACUGAGCAGCCGUAGCCGCCUGGUGCUGGCCGCCACCAGGCCCUGGGUACAUGGAGCGGGUCUUCGUUUUGCAUCAACUACAGCAAAUCUCAAGCCUAAGACCCAAGUGGACACAAGUGAAAAUGAGAUUGUUGCCCCAGACUUCACUAACAGGAAUCCUCGGAACUUGGAGCAGUUGGCCUUAGCUAGGAAAGAGCGUGGCUGGAAGACAACAUGGCCAAAGCGUGAAUUCUGGCAUAGGUUACGGCUUGAGCGUACACAGCACUAUGUAGAAGCCUUUAUUGAGCGCUCUAACGGGGAUGUUGUGUUGUCUGCCUCUACCCGGGAGUGGGCCAUAAAGAAACACCUAUACAGUCCCAAGGGAGUAGCAGCAUGCAAAAAUCUUGGCCGCGUAAUGGCACAGCGCUGUUUGGAAGCAGGAAUCAACUUUGUGAACUUUAAAGCUGUUAUCCCCUGGGAAUAUCAUUGUGACUCGGCAAGUACCAUCUCCUUACACUUAUUUGGCUCUUUUUUCUUUUUAAGCAUUAAUUUUACACCUCUUCACCAUUAGUUUUUAUUCUGUGGUUUGACAGUGCCUUCUUGUGACACUCAGAAAGGUAGCUUUGAUAAACUGCAGUUGUGUUGUUAAUGCUUCAGUGAAGCUGUUACCUCUGCUCCUGCAUGCUACAUGUCUCCACUGAUACUUUGGUGCCAAUGGCUUUUCUUCCUAUUUAUUUAUCUCCCUCUUUUAAACAAGAUUCAGGAAUUCGAAAAAGCUAUGCAGGAGGGUGGUGUCGUUCUGCGUGAGCCACGAAGAAUCUAUAAGUAAAAUGGAGAGUGCUGGGAAAGCUUUACAAGGGACGACGAUCACUUCUUUAGGUGUGUGCGCUUCGGCUUGGUGAAGGUUCAGAGCUGGAAAAAGCUUAACAUCUCAUAAUAAAAUAUUUUUGAACAGACAGAAAUGUGUCAUUCUUGAUUCUAAAAUUAUCAACACCUUUAAGGUUAGAAUAAACUGUUACCGUAGUUUAGCCUGAUAGAUUAACAGAAUUUACUUCAUAGUUCAGUGACUUUAAAGUACAUUUUCUGUUUAAUAAUUGUUUAAUACUUGAACUGAACUCUGCAAAUGCUUAGAUAUUUGAUUCCUGUGCACUGCUGGUCUAAUUUAGCAAAAUGCACUCAUUAUGUGUCUGUUUAGACCUGUAAUACAGUUAUGCGCUAAACUUGGUGAAAAGAUUAAAUUCUCCUAACCUACUUUU